GUUCAUUCCGCGUGCAAACGCAGCUUACAGAAACAUAACAAAGGCCCCACGGACCCCAACCCUCCUGCCUUUUCAAAAAGCUACACCCCCUCCCUCUUUUCUUUCAAUUUACGUCUGCAAUUUCAUCCUUUCAACCACCCUCCUCCGCCGCCUACCCGCCCUCAUCCGUCGUCGUUCUCGUUGAAGAUCUCCUCGAUCUUAUUCCCAGAAUUAUUAGAAAAGGAAACGGCUUAAUUACCAUCCAUCUCGUUCUUUGUUGUUUUUUGAUUUUAUGGAUAAAUAUGAAAUGGAUUACUCGGAGGCAAACCAAGACAAGAUGAUGAAUUCGAAUUCGAAUGCGAUGAUGAAUCGAUCUUUUACGGUGAACAUGUCAAGUGAAGUUACAAAAAAGCCCCUGUACGACUUGUACACCUCUCCGGCUUUACAGCGUAAGGGCUCCAUCAAGAACCUCUAUAAUUCUUCCUUUGGAUCAAUGGUUUCCGCCGGAAUUUCGUUCAAGGGAAAGGUAAAAAAAUUAUGCUCAAUUUUCGAAUCCCCCAAGGAACCCCCAAAUUCACAAUCCCUGCAACCCCCCUCGCCUGGACCCACGAAAUCCACAAAAUUGUUGUUGCUGCCGGAGUCCAAAUCGUUUGACGAUUAUAUCCCUUCUCCGGUACCAGAUUCUCCAUUCCGGCUCCCAGGCACGGAGGACAGAGUUGUCAUUUACUUUACCAGCCUCCGUGGUAUAAGAAGAACAUUCCAGGAUUGCCAUAGUAUUCGACUGAUAUUUAGAGGGUUUCGUGUAAAUCUUGAUGAGAGAGACAUAUCAAUGGAUGCUGCAUACAAAAAGGAGUUACAUAAAGUAUUGGGGGAAACCAAUGUGAACUUGCCCCAAGUCUUUAUUAAGGGGAAGUACAUUGGUGGAGCUGAAGUUGUUAAACAGCUGCUCGAGGCAGGCGAGCUGGUGAGGCUGCUCAAGGGGUUACCGAUGCGUCCGCUGGAGCCUUGUGAGGCAUGCGACGAUGUGAGGUUUUUCCCGUGCACGAGCUGCAAUGGAAGCCGUAAAGUAUUUGAUGAGGAUGAGGAGCAGCUGAAGAGGUGCCCUGAGUGCAAUGAGAAUGGGCUGGUUCGCUGUCCUCUAUGCUGCCCGUGAGCGAUUAUUGUGAGUUGAUUUUAAUAAUUAGGAAGAUGCUGUGAUUGCGUGCUACUGAGUAUAGUUUCUGGGUUAUUGGAAUGUUAUUGAUUAUGAUAUGUGGUUUAUUGACUCAAAAUGCUGAGAUAAUAGGCUCUGUAAAUAGCUUGUGUAGUAUCAAGUCACAAUAUUGGGUGACUAUAUCUGAUGUUCACCUUGGUGGUGAACGGUGACUUUCAGUAUUAAAGUGCCCAUUAUGCUGAGGCACUCGUGGCUAUAUGCUGCAAAAGAUUCCUGUGAUGAAAUCUUAAUGAAAUUGAUAAUAUUGGUGGUUUGAACAAUCACUUUGGUUUUAUCA